CCUCGACUGCUGUUGCCUGUUCCUGUUGCGAAUUGCUACUACUGCGGAUCGGAGCUUGUCGCACACAUCAUUCUGCUGCUGCUACUGUUGCAAUUACUGCUGCAGUUGUUGCUGCUGCUGCUAUAAUUGGUGUUGCUGUUACUGCUGCUGCGAUAUUAUGUCACAUUCAAAAAGUUUCGCCGAAAAUCUCAGACGUUGCUGAACCAGAUGAGUUUUUCGGAAAGUUAUCAGUAAUUAAAAUACAGACACAUACACACACAGACUUCUACACACACACACACACACACACACACACACACACACACACACACACUCGCACAUACAACUAAAAGAGAACACAAACGCACUACUCCAGUAUAUGUAAAUAUACACAACCACAUUUAAACUAUCUUUACAAACAAUUAUAGAUUUACAUAAGAGCAUUUGCCGUAUACUGAAAGAAAGCACAUCCUUAUACACAUAUAUAAAUCGUUUGUAUGUGUGUUUGAGUGUGUGUAUAUAUAUAUAUAUAUAUAUGUGUGUGUGUGUGUGUGUGUGUGUAUGAAUGUGUGUGUGUAUGUGCGUAUGUAUGGCUAUAUAUGACAGAUCGAUAGACACGUUUGUAUAUACAGGGCAGAACUAAGGCAUCUAGCAACUCGUUUCUCGAAUGCAGAUAUAAAAAUAUGUAAACAUAUAUAUCUCUUGUAUAUUUGUGUUUAUUUAUGUGUAUUUCACACGUUUUACAUCUAAAUAUAGGCAAAGACUUAUCUCACGCAAAAUAAAUCUCUCGUGCGCACACACAUAUAUAAAUACUCACACAUACAAACACACACGCACACACACACACAGAAGCUCUUCACUUGGUGAGAGCACGGCCUGAAUUUAGGAAGAAAACUUCAAACCGAAGAAACACAAACACACGCAAACACCGCGCGCGUGCACCCACACACAGACAGACUGACACACACACACACAUAGAUAAACAGAUAACAUACAAUACAUAUUUACACACACAUAUGGCAUACCGGAGAACAGUUAUUGCAAGUACCCUCGCCUCAACCGGUACAUUUAUUCCAUAGCCACUACCAUCAAUGCACAGCAGCUGCUCCAGCACCAACACCCUAUCACAAUCACUGACAACUGGAGCACUAACAACAAUAAUAACAGCAGCAGAAGCAGCAACCACAAUAGCACUAAUACAACCAUCCCCCGUAACAUCUCCAUCACCAUCACCAUCACCGCUCCUGCUAUUGUCAACACUACCUCACCUACACCACCGUCAUUCCAUCGUCCCCCACCAGAUGAAAACAACUCAAAAGUAACAGAGAUAACAGCGUAUUAACAAUAUUAUAUUUUCCUAACACACGCACACAUAAACACAUACAUACGUAUGUACAUAAUACAUGCAUACACACAAACAUAUACACCCUAUUAGUAUAUACUUAAAAUAAAUAAACUGUGGAUGUUUUGAAAACAAAAACAAAAAAAUAAGAGGAAAAUGAAAGGUGAAAGAGAGAAGAAAGAAAGGCUGGAUUUCCGAAAACAUGGAUUAACGUUUAAAUUCACCAUUGUUUGGGCUGUGUUGGUCUGGUUACCGUUGGUGGCCCGGAGCGCAAGAAUCACCGCUAACUCCACUGGAACACACAACGACAGCUCAGCGUUAAAAACGAAACGCAGUGUCUCCAACUCUGAUUUCCUUCAAACACUUAUCGAAGCAUACGACAGCAGUAUUCCUCCAGGAUUUGACCAAGAACAAGUCACAACAGUGAAUGUACAACUCUAUAUUAACAGCUUCGAUUCCAUAAACGAACAAACAAUGGAUUAUUCAAUAAGCACAUUUAUCACACAAGAGUGGACAGAUGAAAGACUCAAGUUUUUCGGAUUGAUCGAAGCGAAAUACUUCGAAUUAGACGUAAAAUUGAUCGAGAAAAUCUGGGUUCCUGAUCUUUACUUUCCAAACGAAAAGAAAGCCCAUUUCCAUGAAGUAACAGUGCCUAAUCGAAUGUUACAUAUAUAUGACGACGGGUCGAUAACAUAUAGAGCAAGAAUCUCUCUGACUGCCUCUUGUCCCAUGAAACUACAAAAUUAUCCGAUGGACACUCAGGUUUGCCAGUUAUAUUUACAAAGCUUUACAUAUUCGGUGAAGACAGUGAAAUUUCAGUGGCAUGAAAACCCUGUUGUAAUGAGUCCAUCGAUUGUUUUACCACAGUUCCGACUCGUAAAGAACCUUACAGACGACUGUACCAGUCAUAAUAAAGACAAAAACUUCACCUGUUUAUAUGCCAGCUUCUAUCUCAAGAGGGACAUCGGUUACUAUAUGAUUCAACUGUAUAUACCUAGCAUCCUUAUCGUAUUCUUGUCGUGGGUUUCCUUCUAUCUAAAUGUAUCAGCUGUACCUGCACGAAUAUCAUUAGGAAUUCUAACUGUUCUUACGCUGACAACUCAAAGAUCUGCAGGAAUAGCAGCCUUACCUAAAGUCUCCUAUAUCAAAGCCAUUGAUGUGUGGAUGGCAUCUUGUCUCUGCUUCGUUUUCGCAGCACUUUUAGAGUUUGCCUUCGUUAACGUUUUGGACAGGCGAUAUUUAAAGAUUAUUGCCUCCAUGAAAGAAAACGAACUCACUGGAAAAUGUCCCGAGGUUAAUGACAGAGUCAAAUCAAAGCGAUUUAAGUGGAUUCGUGACCCCAGGGGUCAACAGAAGGCAGCAUAUAUUGAUUUUUUGGCUCGGAUAACUUUUCCAAUAGCCUUUGGUAUAUUCUGUAUAAUAUAUUGGCUUGUAUAUGGAGUAGUUGGGGUGAAAGAAGAAUAAAUUCUCCCUCCAUCUCCAUUUGUAAUUGUCCUCUCUCCCUCCUUCCCCCCUCCCUCUCUAUCUCCCUUUUUUGCUUUACACCCCAUAACUCAAUACAUUUUCUUUAUUUCCCAUCCUGAAAUUGUGUAUUUAUCUGUCUCUCUGUCUGUCUCUUAAAUAGAACAUACCAAGAUUUCGGGCAUAUGAACACAUUCAGUUUACGAAAAUACAAACAUGCAUACCAAACAUGAGUGUGCAUUGCGUGUUCGUACACACACAUAAAAAUACACACCUGUAGAUUCGCGUGCGCGCACACACAUACAUACACACUCACACAAACACACAUAUUACACACACGCACAUAUACACACGCAAACACACACCCACACACGCACACACAGAUAUUUAAAUAUAGAUAGUUUCCUAAGUACAUAUGUAGAGGGAAAAGAUCUAACUGGAUAAUUGUGGUUAAUCUACACUGGAAUAUAAAUCAAUAUUACAGAAUCAUUAAAUACACAUAGUUUAACAUAUGAGAAUAUUCUGUCUGUCAUUUCUAAUCAAAGAUAUCCACAGCAAUUAUUUCAAUUCAGAAUUAAUCCUCCCUCCUCACAUGAUGUUACCACGCAGUCGCUUACUCUGUGGAAUACUUCCAUGUCCACACUCACUAUUGCUAGGUAGUUAUUGACCCUGUGUUCGGUUCAUCCGUCCUCUUGACAGCUCUUGUUGUUUUGUCCUAAAUGACUAGCAACCCUCGUCACCGGGCUAGCCUGGAGGAGCAGGUUGGGAGGCCGACCACCCAACCAUGCUAGACGUUGUAUUGGAUUAAUAUGCUAACAGUAACACUCAAAGUGACUUGUUACACAUGCAAACAUACAUGCACACUUAUAUAUACACACUGACAAACAUACAUACUUAUAUAUCAUGAAUAUGUACAUGCCUUCAUAUACCUACGCACGCAUACACACAUAUACACACAUACAUAACAAUACAGUAUUAAUGCACAUAGCUACUCCGACUUAACACUGAGGUCCGUGUUUUCUCUAUGUAAUCACACUUUAAUAAGUGUUACAGUAUAUACAAGUGGGUAUUUUUCAAGCAAUUUGAGCUUUAAACUGCACUAUAC